UUGUAGCUCUGAAUGCAGCAAAGUCACAUGACUGACAUGAGGCAUUGUAGAAUUGACCCAAUUUUUACAUUUUUUUUUUUAAACCUUUACACCUAAAACACGAGUACAUUAGCAAUAUAUUUAGGCAUGAAACUAACUAUUUUCUUCGUCGUUUGAAUGAAUGGAGUAAUCGGCGCUACAGAAAUCAGACAGCAAAGUUUCCUGACCCACAUGCAGUUGAAAAUGGACCACGUUGGCAGACAGCACGGAAAUCGUGGGAUUGCAUGAUAAACCGCAACCAAAAUGACGGCAUGGAGCCAUGUUUGCAUUCCCAGCUGUCUUGAUGCGGUCUAUGCUAACCGGUUAGCUACCUCUUAGCUACAACACCGUCUUCCGCCGGUGUUCAAACUAACGAUACCACCACGGCGUGAACGGUUGCGUGGAUUUUAAGUCGUUAUGCCGGUUCAUUCCCGGGAGAAGAAGGAAAAUAACCACGAAGAAAUGGAGGUGGAUUUUCCGGAGCAAGAUGCUAGCAGCACAGACGAGGAGGACACGGUUAGCACGUCGGUGUCUGAAGAUGGAGACAGCUCUGAGAUGGAUGAUGAAGAUUGUGAGAGGAGGAGGAUGGAGUGCCUGGACGAAAUGACUACUCUUGAGAAACAGUUCACAGAUUUGAAGGAACAAUUGUAUAAGGAACGUCUGAGUCAGGUAGACAUCAAGCUGCAGGAGGUGAUGGCUGGAUGUGCCCAGGAAUACCUGGAACCUUUAGCCAAUCUGCAGGAGAACAUGCAGAUCAGGACCAAAGUGGCAGGCAUCUACAAAGAGCUGUGCUUGGAGUCGGUGAAGAACAAGUACGACUGUGAGAUCCAGGCAGCCUGCCAGCACUGGGAGAGUGAGAAGCUGCUUCUGUUUGACACCGUGCAAAGUGAGCUGGAGGAGAAGAUACGACGACUGGAAGAGGACCGACACAGUAUUGAUAUCACCUCAGAAUUGUGGAAUGAUGGAUUGCAUUCCCGGAAAAAUAAGAAGAAAGACCCAUUCUGUCCCAUUAAGAAGAAGAAGCCAGUUGUUGUUUCUGGGCCUUAUAUUGUUUAUAUGCUGCAAGAUCUGGAUAUUCUUGAAGACUGGACUGCAAUACGGAAGGCGAUGGCAUCUCUUGGACCGCCCAGGGUGAAAGUUGAUGCCAAAACGGACCGACACCAACAUGUUGCACGCUCUGAAGACGGUCGACUUUUCUACGACAACCAGUGGUACUGCAGGGGCCAGUCCAUCUGUAUCAACAGGAAAGAUGAGUUCCCCACAAGCGCCGUCAUCACCACCAUCAACAACGAUGAAGUGUGGUUCAAACGACUGGACGGCACCAAGUCCAAACUGUACAUAUCUCAGCUGCAGAAAGGCAAAUACACCAUCAAACACUCAUGAAACUGUCCUGAGAUUUCCAAUACGAAAACCUGCUAUGUGCACGAUCACACACACACACACACACACACACACACACACACACACACACACACACAGUACAUCCUUAAAAAUACACCCUCCCCCACUUUAUUUGUCCGUAAUGGAACAACCAUGAAAGCGUCUUCUCCUCUGUAAAUAUGUACUUAUGUUGAUAUUAAGGACAAAGUCACAAAGUGUCAUUUCUCCAUAAAAGGAGAUCCAGUGCAAAGCGCUGCUGAGAACGAAAGCGGGUGAAGCGAAGUGAAGUGCAGUCGUGUGCCUUUCUGAGACAAGACUUUGGCUGAAUUAAAAAAAAAAAAAAAAAACAACACACAAAUAAAUCAUCCACAUGUGCGCAGAAAGCCUUACUGUGUCAUGUGGCAGCAAUCAAAAGACUGGAAGUGGAUUAAAACGGGUCAGUUAGUGAUGCUAAUGCUGCUAGCAUUGUUUCAUAGUCACCACAAUCCUGUCCGAUCUGUAUGAAGCUUUGAGUGCAUGCUUUGAUAGAGUGUGUGUGUGUGUGUGUGUGUGUGUGUGUGUGUGUGUAGUCACAUAUUGCACAAUAAUUGGGAAUGAUGAACCUGAACGCCACACGAGGGUGUGAUGGUAUGAUGUCUGAAUGUCUCGAACGUAUUUUUGCAGCGCUGAAAUUGAAGUAGAAAUCAAGCAAGCGUGGAAAGACAACGUUUCCUGUACAUAGAAGAUUUAAUGUUUGUGGGGUAUGUUUGAUUCUUCCUUCAUGUGCCUGAUGGUGGGGUGGGCAUCCCGGUUUCAACUGGUAAGCCUGCAUUAAACGAACCGUGCCGUUUA